CUUAGAAAAUAAAACUUUUCGAUCUCUUUCUUCUUUUUUUUUUUUGGAACUCCUCGAUCUCUUUGUUCAAGCCGGUAUCUUUCUGAGUUACUUGCAGAGAAGAAAGCCAAGAAUGCUGCGAUUAAGCAACGCGAAGCCAUCGAAGCUUCUCAGAGAGGCAGAAGGCUUGACGCCAUCGAAGCCCAGAUUAAGACAGAGGAAACUGGCUGAGGAUCAGAGAAAUCUUCUCCAGCAGCAGGCACAAGCAAAAGCCCAAAACCUUCCGUAUGAAUAUUAUUUAGCGACGAAGCGACUGCAUAUGGAUCAUGAAGCUCAGAGACGUCAAAUCUCUUGCGUUUUUGUUCUCUUGAAGAGGAUUUUAGCUUGUGUUCCCACAUUAUCUCUAGCACCCAUUGAAGCUUACCCUGCGAUGAGGUGACUUCAAACUCGCGGGAUACAAGUUGCUCACUCGUCCUGGAAAUCCAGUACUGCUCACGUAUUCUGAACUCAUUGAUGCUGCAAUAAUACCGUAAGUCUUUUGUACCACAAAAAAAUCCGGCGUUAAUAACAUUUUUGUUUGCCUUGGUAGUGAUUUACGUUAUAAACAUUAACAUGUAUCUUAUAAGCCCAUAUAGGAGGAUAUUAAUGUUGUAAGAUCACUAUCAUUAGCCCAUAUAGCCCAUCUUUUAAAUAUUUUCAAUUAGUUAAUUCUUUUAUAAUAAAUUACACUGGUUGCAUAACUUGAAUCCCAAGAGUAUUUUACUUCACGA